CGCGCCGCCAGCAGCGGGGCCGGAGCGCGGGCGCGGAGCCGCCAUGCGCGGGGCCACCGGGCUCUCGCUGCCGCCGGUGCUGCCGGUGCUGCUGGUGCUGCUGGCGGCGGCAGCGGGACCGGGCGGCGGCGAGGAGGCGAUCCAGUGCCCGCCGUGCUCGGAGGAGCGGCUGGCGCGCUGCAAAGCCCCGCAGGGCUGCGCGGAGCUGGUGCGGGAGCCGGGCUGUGGCUGCUGCGCGACCUGCGCCCUCGGCCGCGGCACCGCCUGCGGGGUCUACACCGCCCGCUGCGGAGCGGGGCUGCGCUGCUACCCCCCCCGCGGCGUGCCCCGGCCCCUCCACACCCUCAUGCACGGUCAGGGCAUCUGCACAGACCUGGCCGACGUCGAGGCCAUCCAGGAGAGCCUCCAGCCCCCAGAGAAGGAGGAGAUCGACCACCCCAACAACAGCUUCAGCCCCUGCAGCAUCCAUGACCGCAAGUGCCUGCAGAAGCAGCAGGCCAAGCGGGUCAACAAUGGCAACAAGAUGCGCAGCAGUGGGAGUCCCUAUCACCGCGAGGAGACGCGGCCCAUUGUGCAGGGCUCAUGCCAGAGCGAGCUGCACCGGGCGCUGGAGAGGCUGGCGGCCUCGCAGACCCGCACCCACGAGGACCUCUACGUCAUCCCCAUCCCCAACUGCGACCGCAAUGGCAACUUCCAUCCCAAACAGUGUCACCCGGCGCUGGACGGACAGCGGGGCAAGUGCUGGUGUGUGGACCGCAAGACAGGGGUGAAGCUGCCAGGCUUCCUGGAGCUGAAGGGGGACUUGGACUGUCACCAGCUGGCGGACAGCAUGUGAGAGUGACUGCUGCGGCCCCACACCGUGCGGCAGCCAAGAUACCCGUCAGGGCUGCAUAGGAGAGGGGACAUGGCCAUCCAGUGGCUCCCUGGUGCCGGGGGACCGCAGCGCAGGCCUCAGAUUGCUGGUGUGCUCUGUGCCACAGGCUGCCCUCAGCACGGGGCACAACACUGCCAUGACCACUAGCUGCCACUGCCAAGGGGUCCCCAGCACAUGCCAGCGGCACCUCCAUCCUGCACGGACACUUGCGUGGACAGAUGCUGCCCCGUGGUGACCCCCAGCUUCUAACUCAGCCCUUCCGUGGUGCAGGACCCAGACCCUGGCCCCACAGUGGCCGCAGCUCUGCUGACACCCAUGGGUUCCUUGGUGGCACCCCUGCCCGCAGUGCCUUGCUGUCCCCACCUUGCUGUCCUCUAUGUGCAAGCAGCAGCAGAAGUGCCUCGCCCUGCCCUUCCCUGUGGCGGGUGGCUGCCCGGGCAUGCACCAGGGGGACCUGAGCAGCUUGGGGGGGAGGCCAGAGGGACCACUGGCCAUAGUCUACCCAGGUCCCUCCCUGGCUGCACGUCCCCACGGCUUGGGCAUGCGAUGGGCAUCGUAGCCACAUGGAGCAAUAGGAGACCCUCCCCCUCCCUGCUGCAGCCCCCCAGCAUAGGAACCCCUCGCCCUAUGGCCUGGGAAGCCCCUGCCCCACAACCCAGCCCCAUCCCGCUCCCUGUGCAGGGACAGAGCGGGAGAUUGCAGCGUUUUUCUCCCUCUUGUCCCAUCUCUCCCAGUCCCAUCCUGGUGGCAAGGGGUUGGGGCAGCCCCAGGCAUGCAGGGGACAUCCCUGUGGGUGCUGGCUGUGAGGGGAGAGUUGAGGGAUGAGGGAUAACGAGGAAAUGCCUCACAUCAGAAAGGGCUUCUUUUAAGGCUUUUUUUCCUUCCCCCAAAAUUUUCAGUAUUUAAAAAAUUUUGCUGUUGGGGUCUUAAAACAAACUGUGUGGCCACCAAGUCUGAAAUCCUCUGUCUCAGCAGAGCAGGGCACUGCUGGCCAUGGCUUCUGUCUUCUCCUCUUCCAACUUGGCCAACGUGACAAAACCAAGAUGAAUUUUUGGAAGUCUUAGUGUUGGGAUCUGUGUAUUUCACCAGCGUGAAGUUCUCAGCUGAGCAAUUGUCACUAUUUUUGUAGCAAUUAUUUUUCUUCUUUUUCCUUUGAAGCUCUUCUGUUGGAGCUGGGCUGGAAAUUUUUCACCUAAAUGUCUUUUCGGUGAGAAAUGGCCACACUGGCUGCCAUGGCAAGGGUGCCAAAGACAGAAGGGAUUUUGCCAAUCCCUCCCCCUGACCUUCCCCCCCACGACCACAGCCGCAGAGGGAGGUUUUGGUUUUCCAUGUGGAUUCUUCCCAGCCAUUCUGGUGGGUGCCAAAGCCCCCGAUGGGAACAAAAUGUUUCAGUUUUAGUGAAACACCUUCUGCACCCCUAGGAGCUCCCCAGCACAGCACUGGCAGGGACAUCCCCGUGUCUCAGUGGGUGGGGUUGGGGACUGGUGAGCACCACUGUCCCACUGGCCAGGAUGGAGCUGGUACAGGACAGUGCUGGCACUAGGUUCAGUGUUUCAGCUCGUGGGCAUAGCUUCACCUGGCUCCUCCUCUGGUGACAAGGGUCCCCAUGUCACAUCCUGUGCCCCCAGGUGGGUCCAGCACCUUGCUUCGUGUCCCUGCACUCCAGCCCCCCACCCAGCAGGGUCCCACUGGGCACUGAGGGUGGGAUUCCCCGGGUGUAGGGCGCUGCUGGGGACAGUGCCUGGUGAUAGCUGGCAGCCCCUCACACCCAGAGCAGCCUGUGGAGCCUGCUUCAGUUUUGGGGUGGCUACAGGGGUGACCAGGGACACUGGCACUCACCAGGGACACAUUCUGUGUCCAGCGCAGAGGACUCCUGGGUUUUGUAUCGUCUCUCCUGUAGUUUAAGGCUGUAUUUACACAUGAUCAUAUCCCAGCGUAAAGCUCCCCAACCCCUGCUGCGUUUUUUUGGGGCUGAUUUGAUUUCUGUCAGCUCCUCCUGGGCCAAGCCCACCCCCUUCAGACCCCCGUGUAGCACCGACCUCCCUUUUACAGUAAACUUGAACCUUUGUAUCUUCAAAAGAAAAAAAAAGGCAAUGACUGUAUUUAACUAUC